AUGACAAUGCAAAAGGGGUGUGGGGUCUCCAUCCUGGGCCUCAGCCUCUGGCGCCUCUAUGUCGCCCUACUUCCCAAGCCCAUCGCCGGUAUCCCCUACAAUCAUGCGUCCGCCCGCUCACUCCUCGGCGAUAUCCCCGGCUUCAUGCUCGCGGCAUGGCGCACCCGCGAGCCCAUCACCUGGCUCUUAUCGCAGGCACGCGCCACGGGGUCUCCCAUCUCGCAGAUCUUUCUCGCCCCGUUCGGCGGCCGGCCCUUUGUGACGAUCACUGACUUCCGCGAGACCCAAGACAUCCUCGUCCGCCGCGGCAAGGAGUUCGACCGAUCCUCGGUCCUGACCGACACCCUGGGCGUGGCGCUACCGCACCACCACAUCGUGCGCAAGACGGACGCCGUCUGGCGCUCGCAGAGACGGUUGCUGCAGGAUCUGAUGCUGCCCAAGUUCCUGCACGGCAUCGCGGCGCCCAACAUCUACGCGAGCGUGGACCAGCUGGUGCAGCUGUGGGGGUCCAAGACGGAGAUUGCGAGCGGGAGGCCGUUCAGUCCCGAGCGGGAUAUCUACUAUGCCGCGCUGGAUGCUGUACUGGAGUUUGGCUUCGGGCGCAACUUUACCCACCGAGCAACGCAGCCGCAGCUGGACGCCAUGUUGAAGUUGGGUCCGGAGGAGGUGCAGAAGCUGCGGGGAGAAGAGGCCGGCAGCGCAGAUACGCCAGUGGAGUUUGUGAACGCGCCACUGCACGAGACCAUAGUUGCAAUCUUGGAUUCGGGAGACAUCGUCGAGGCGCUUCAAUCCUCGCCGUUCCCUCGCCUAGGGUUGUGGUUCCAAAAAACGUUCACGAAUUUUAACAAGACCUGGAAUACCAAGAAUCAGUUCCUUGAGGAUGAAAUUCGAAAGGCUGUGGACCGCAUGGAGAAGCAGGACGGUGAAGCCAGCGACGAGAGUUGGGUCAUGUCGGCCGUCGACCACAUCGUCCACCGAGAACGAGGGUUUGCCGAGAAGGAAGGGCGAAAGGCUGAUUACUGGACACCCGUCAUCAGGGACGAGGUCUUCGGCUUCGUUAUCGCCGGCCACGAAACCGUGAGCACCACCAUGCUCUGGGGUCUGAAGCUCCUUGGCGACAACCAGGACGCACAGUCCACUCUUCGCAUGGCCCUCCAAUCCGCCCACAGCGCCGCCAUGGCAGAGAAGCGCAAUCCCUCGGCGAUGGAGAUUGCCCACACGAAUAUUCCCUAUCUUGAUGCCGCCAUCGAGGAGAUCCUGCGUUGCGGUCCCACCGUCCCCGGCGCCAUGCGUGAGUGCAUGGUGGACACUGUCAUCCUCGGCCACCGGAUCCCCAAGGGCACCCAAGUUUUCCUCUUCAACCAAGGCGCGUCCUUCAGGGAACCCACCCUUGCCGUUGACGAGAAAGACCGAAGCCCAUCUUGCCAAGCCUCGGCAAAGGAGAGAGGCGUCAGGGAGUGGGAUCCCGAGAACAUGGACGCCUUCCGCCCGGAACGGUGGCUGGUUCAGGCUGACGGGUCCUCGGGUGAAAGAGACGGAUUGGUCUUUGACUCGGCGGCCGGUCCGACUAUGCCAUUUAGUUUGGGCCUCAGGGCCUGCUGGGGGCGUCGGCUGGCUUACUUGGAGAUGCGCAUCAUGGUGACUAUGCUGGUCUGGAACUUCGAACUACUGCCGUGCCCACCGGAGCUGUCCGACUACGCGGCUGUAGAUGCGAUGACACAUAAGCCGCAGCGGGCCUUUGUUAGGUUGCAGCCCGUCAAACACUAG